AAAAAAUUCUAAAACCAUGGUCAAAAAUUAUUAUAUAAAAUACAUUUACGAAUGAAUUCCCAAUGGUCGAAGUGUGAUCACAAUAACAUAACAACAAUAAUAAAAUGCCAAUCAAUUUUGGUAUUCUAUUAUACGUUAUAAUUGUGAUCCAAAUGUUUGUACCAUGUUUUGUUUGUUUGACUAAAUCGAACCAACAACCGAUACUAUUGACAAAUCCACCACCAUAUAAACCGUAUUAUAGAUUUCCAGAUCAAUGUCCUGAUCUAAAAUCAUCGAAUGUUGAAAUUUCAAAAGAAACUUUAAGUGAAGAAUAUUAUAAAUGUCAAUCUAAUCAUAUUGAACGAUGGCGAAUAACUGCUGAUCAUUAUUACACUGAAAGCGAACAAUUCUGUUGUUUUAUAUGGACAGUAUUAUCAUGUGAACAACCAUUAUUAGCCGUAUGUAAUAGAACUUAUUCACGAUUGAAUGAUGAAGAAACAAAACGUUUAUUUCAAAAAUCUUGUGAUCAAUAUACUACUACCUGUGUUGUUGAAACAAAAUCUGGUACUGAUUGGACAUUAAUUUUAACAAUUGGUGGCAUAGUUGUAAUGGGUUUAGGUUUACUCGGUACUGCAACUUAUGGUAUUAAAAGGUUCAAAAGUUGGCGUAAAUAUCGAAAUAUGGAUAAAGAAGCUUUGGCUAAACUGAAACUAAUGAAAUCAUUUUUAAAUGAACAAGUUGAAACGGAAUAUUCGAAACUUGUAACAGAGGCUGAUGCACGAGAAAAUGUUGCUCGUCUUGAUGAUGGUGGUAAAUGGCAAUUUAUUGAAAAUUUGGAUAAAUUAGGCGUCGGAAAAUUCUUUCGAAAUACGAAAUUAAAAAAACAAGCGAAAACAAAUGUUUAUAAGGAUUUAGAAAUGUUUUCGCAAUCAUUGUUUGAUGCUGCCAAAACUAGCGACAUUCAAAUCAAUGAUUUAUCACAAGUGGGUUUAAAAUCUGAUAUAGUAGAUAAAGCAACGAUAUUGAGUACACCAAAAGCUGUCUCAUCGCAAAUUGAUCCAUCAAAAGCUGUCUCAUCGCAACUUGAUCAGAUAAAAGUUGUUUCAUCGAAAAUUGAUCCAUCAAACGCUGUUUCAUCGCAACUUGAUCAGAUAAAAGUUGUUUCAUCGCAACUUGAUCCAUCAAAAGCUGUUUCGUCGCAACUUGAUCCAUCAAUAGCUGAUUUAUCAAAUGUUGCCUCGUCGCAAAUUGAUCCAUCAAAAGCUGUCUCAUCGCAAAUUGAUCCAUCAAAAGCUGUCUCAUCGCAAACUGAUUCAUCAAUAGCUGAUUUAUCAAAUGUUGCCUCGUCGCAAAUUCAUCCGGAAAAAAUAGAUUCUUCUAGUGUUGCACAACCGCCUUUAAAAUCGGAUAUGUUGUCAGAAACAAUAAGAGACGAAGCAAGUCAAGGAGUAACUGAUACAAUAAAAUCGUCAUUCGCUGGUUUGAGGGAAAAUUUGCCAGAUACAUCGGAAGUAGUUGGAAGUAUUACAAAAACUUUGGCUUAUGCUGGAGAAACAACUUUAUCGGCAGCCCGAAACGCUAUAGAAAAAACAUCAUCAAUUGCUUCUACAGCUGCUUCCGCUGCUACAAAUGCAACAUCAUGGAUACAAGGAGCGGCCCAUAAGUUACGAUCUGGUUUUAAAUCGAUCUUCAAUCAUAUGACUACCACUAAUCGCCCAAAGAAUGAUCAACAAAUGAAUGAAUCAAACAUUAUGGAAAAUAUCGUUGAUCCAUUAAAAUUAGGAGAAGAAACAACGAAUAUUGAUAAACAUAUAAAGAUAACAACGAAACAAAUGUCUGAUUUUGAACUAAUGCUAAUGGAUGACUAUCAUUUUUAUUAUUAAAAAAAAUGGACUAUAUGGGUUUCCGAAAUUAACAUCUGGGCCAUAAUGAUGUUGAUAAACUUUUAUAGU